AGGAAGAGGAAGCGCCUGACACAAGUUGAGCGGCUGCAGCUCCCGGGGCCCAGGAGAGGACAUCCGAGGCAACAAAAGGCCGGCGCCCAUGGACAGACUGGUCACUUCCGACAGCCUGGCCACCAAGAAGCCGGCGCGAUUGGCGACUGGCUCCGGGCAAGCGAGCGCGGAUUCACCGGAGAGCCCUGCAGGGUCUCAUGUUGAAUGGUGCAAACAGCUUAUAGCUGCUACUAUCUCAACCCAGCUUUCAACUGCAGCAGUGCCAGACAACAUCUCCAUCUCGAAAGAUUAUAGGGAGAAUCAGGAUGGACGCAGUGGGUCCUGUCAUUCUGAUGCUGACCCUGAACUGGGUGUACAUUCCUUGGUGCUAAGGGAUGGAAAUAAACUGGCUCAAAUGGAGGAAGCACCACUCUUUCCGGGGGAAGCUAUUAAAGCAAUCGCUAAAGAUGUCACGUACAUCUGUCCUUUCAUUGGGGCCAUUAGUGGAACACUUACUGUGACUGAAUACAAAUUGUACUUCAAAAGUGUGGAGCGGGACCCCCCUUUCACCCUUGAUGUUCCACUUGGGGUUGUGAAUCGUAUUGAAAAGAUUGCUGGCAUUCAAGAGAAUUCCUGUGGCCUGGAGAUUGUGUGCAAGGAUAUGAGAAAUCUGCGGUUUGCAUACAAACAGGAAGAGCAUGGGAAACUCGAGAUCUUUGAGAACCUAACACAGUUUGCCUUUCCUGUCUCUAGGAACUUGCCACUGUUUGCGGUGAAGUAUAAGGAGAACUACCCUGUUCAGGGCUGGAAGGUGUAUGACCCAGUUGCAGAAUAUAAAAGACAGGGACUGCCGAACGAAAGUUGGGCAAUAAGUAAAAUCAACAGCAACUAUGAGCUCUGUGAUACCUACCCUUCUGUUGUGGUGGUGCCAACCAGUGUCAAAGAUGACGACCUGUGCAGAGUGGCAGCAUUCCGCACCCGUGGGCGCAUCCCAGUUUUGUCAUGGAUCCAUCCGGAAAGCCAAGCAACAAUUACCAGGUGCAGCCAGCCAAUGGUGGGGCCAAAUGACAAGCGGUGCAAGGAAGACGAGAAGUACUUACAAACCAUAAUGGACGCCAAUGCUCAAUCUCACAAGCUAAUCAUUUUUGACGCUCGGCAAAGCAGUGUUGCAGAUGCCAAUAAGGCAAAAGGUGGAGGCUAUGAGAGUGAAACUGCCUAUUCCAACGCUGAGCUCGUUUUCUUGGAAAUCCAUAAUAUCCACGUCAUGAGAGAGUCUCUGAGGAAACUGAAGGAUAUAGUUUACCCUGUGAUAGACGAGUCCAAGUGGCUGUCAAAUAUCGAUUCAACUCAUUGGUUAGAGUACAUAAGGAUCCUUUUAGCUGGAGCAGUGCGCAUAGCAGACAAGGUUGAAUCUGCAAAAACUUCAGUUGUGGUCCACUGUAGUGAUGGCUGGGAUCGGACUUCACAGCUGACAGCGCUGACCAUGCUGAUCCUCGACAGCUACUACCGAACCAUCAAGGGAUUUGAAGUGCUGAUUGAAAAGGAGUGGCUAAGUUUUGGACACAGAUUUGCAGUCAGAAUAGGGCAUGGUGAUGAGAACCAUGCUGAUGCUGACCGAUCACCCAUCUUCCUUCAGUUCAUUGACUGUGUGUGGCAAAUGACAAAGCAGUUUCCUGCAGCCUUUGAGUUUAAUGAGCUCUUCCUGUUGACUAUCCUGGACCAUCUGUACAGCUGUCUGUUUGGGACAUUCCUUUAUAACUGUGAGCAACAACGAGCGAAGGAGGAAGUGCAGGCAAAGACAGUCUCCCUCUGGUCCUAUGUAAACAGCCAAUUGGAGGAGUUUACCAACCCAUUUUAUGUGAAUUAUGAAAAUCAUGUGCUUUACCCGGUUGCCAGCUUACGGCACUUGGAACUGUGGGUUAACUAUUAUGUGAGGUGGAACCCAAGGAUGAGACCUCAGGUGCCAAUACACCAGAAUUGUAAAGAGCUACUCAGCAUCCGAGCUGAACUUCAGAAGAAAGUCGAGGAGCUUCAGCGUGAGGUCAGCAAUAUGGCGGUGUCGUCAUCCUCAGAAAGAGCUUCGCCCACGCAUUCAGUGUCACCUGUACAGACAACUGUGUGAACCACACCAACCCCCCCACCUCCCCAUGGUUAGCUGGUACUCAGUCAUUGAAGUUACAGUUAGCAAGGCUGCACCAUGUACUUGAAAGCUGUAAAUACAGAUUAUUUUUUUUUGUGUGCAUGCAAUACUUCACAGCAAAUUUUAGGUUUUGUAAACCUAUUUGUGGAUGCCCCUGUUGUAUAACCACUUCAUUCUGAUGCUGAGCUUUUCAGUGGAAGGGUAAAUUUGAGUGCCACUGUAUCUGGCCUACACAAUGGUGGUGCCAAUCCAUGAGUUAGCUAGAAAGGGGGAUUAUGGGAGGGGUAGGGAUAGAGGGGGGUGGUGCGCGGAGGCAUAUAUAUAUGAUGGGUCAGCCUGAUCAAGGGACCACAGUGCCAAGUUUCCUUUGCAGUCAACUGAUGAGGAGAUGGCUAGACAUUUCCCCCUCUUCCCCCAAAACAUGCCCAGUAUCGGCCAUCAUCGAUUUGGAACUUGUGACUUAGGAUUGGGAGACAGGUAUCCUGCCUCAAUCCAAAAUAAGUUACAUUUUUGUGUUUUUUUUUUGUAGGGAACUUAAUUAUUACUCUUUUAACUUCUCGUCCUGAAUAAAAUCUAUAUAUUUUUACAUAGAGCCCAUAAAAGACUAUUAUUCCCCAUUAAACAACUAAAUUUUAAACACUUUCUAGAAGCUUCCAAGAAGGAUCUUCUGAAAGCUUUGAAAACAAUGCAUUCGUGUAUGUAACAUUUAGUCUUCAAAAAACUUGGCAGUAAUAUUCUCAACCAUGAAGUACACACACACACACACACACACACACACACAGCUGAAAUGUCAUUAAGGUGGGAACAUGGAUUAACAUCAGCUUUUUUUUUUCAAACUUCGUCUUCCUUCCAAGUGUGGAUUUAUUAUUUUUCUUGUCAGGAGAAGAGAUGAAUGCAUGGCCUUUGUGUGUAGCUUUGUUUGGGUACUGAAGGAGGAUUCAAACAUCAAGAUACCAAUCUGUUUUUUGCCAAGAAUGCGGCAGCAUAACCAGACAACUCAAUUUAUUUGUAAUAGUGAAGAUUACAGAAACUUUACACACAAAAAAAAAUUGCACAUCCUAGGAAGAGCAGAUGCACACUUCUUGAAACCAGAAAAGGCCUCUCAUUUGUGCAAAAGAGGUAAGUGUCCUAUGUACCAUCAAUGCAGAAUUCGAGCACCAGAUUAAAAGUAUGACUUUUUCAUUUCAAUUAUUCAUCAAAUGAAGCGACGUUCUGUUGAUGUGUCCCAUUCUACCUUACAGUGAUGCAGGAUUCAAAAAUUACAUGGAUUCUUUUCAUGACCGUUCUAACAAGAUUUGUGUUUGUUUUUCAGUACUUAAAGAGUAGAUUUUUCAAUGGAGGCAUUGCAUGUUUUAACUACAGACCUAAAGCUGUCUGUCACUUUCUGAUCAAAUGGUAUUAUUAGCUAAAUGAGCCAGACAGUUCAAUUUUUGACAUGGCUUUGUGGACUUGAUGCACUUUGUAUUUGAGGUGGACAUCUGAGGUUUGGCUUUGGACAGACUAAAGCUGAAUAUGACUCUGUACUUUGGAUUCUUGAUGGAAGAGCUGAACUAAAGUUUUAAGUAUCUAAAAUAUUUUAAUUGCAAUUGGACCCAAACACCUAAUGAUGAACACAACUUGGUACUGGCCCAUAUCUGAGUUGUCCUCAGAUUGGCAAAUGCUGCCAGUCUGGACUAGCAAAGCCUCAUCUGUUUUAAAACAAUUCCUAGACAACCAAGAGUUAACUUUUACUUUUCUGUAGUGGUACAGCUUUUCAACUUUUGCUGCCUUUGUCUUGUGUCAAAGAAAACUAGCAAUCGCACUGCCAAUGUACAUAUUCCUGAGAUGGAUAAAUAAUGCUUUAAUAAACUGCAGAUCCUGUGUUAAUUUACAAACAGAAGCAUAAUGCAUUUUAAAACCAGUUUUAUUGUUGGGAAGUGCAAAUGCAUUAACUUUUGGUGAUGGUGUGAUCUUAUGGUAGUGAAUGUUUGAUAGGUGUAAAUGUAGAAAGUGUUUGCCUUUGACUACAUUGCAUUUUAUUCAUAUAUGCUACAAGGCUCCAAAGCUCUCUUAGGCAGUUGCGAACUAUUCCAUGGCACUUUGGGAAGACUUCCCUGCUCCACCUCAAAGUAUCCAGGUCAACCUUUAUUCCUCAACCAGCAUCACUAAAACAGGUUAUCUGGACAUUUGAUUCAUUGCAGUUUGCUGCACGUAAAUUGGUUGCUCCAUUUCCCUGUAUUGCAACAGUGACUAAUCUUUAAAAGUAUUUCAUUGGCUGGAAAGUGCUUUGAGAUGUCCUGAGGGCGCGAAAGGAGCUCUAUAAAUACAAGUUUUAUAAAUCAUUUUCCAAACAGAGUGAUUUACUGGUACUCAUAUUUUAAAGAGCUAUGAACUGUUUAACUUAACAUCUUCAGCAAUGAUAUCACACCUAAAACAGGAGCAAAAAUCAAUCACAUUACUGAAAACCAUCUAUUUGUUUUUGUCUGUCCAGACUGUUUUGAUUAGUCAGUUUAAAGCACACGUCUGUUGGUGGUUUUAUUUGGCAGGCAGUUUUAUUUGGCAGGCAGUGCCUGGCGCAUGCAGAGGCACUUAGAGCACACAGAGGACUGGCAUGUGCAGCUGCCAAUGUUUGGUGGUAAUGGCAGCGGCAUCGGGGUUUGGUGCGGAACAAGAACAAUGGAAGAGCAGCCCAACACAGAAUGACCCUGGCUGGUUGUGUGUGGGAUGGAACAGAUGGGGAUGGUAUUGGAGGGAUGGAAAAAUAAUAGGAAGGGGAUUGGAUGGUGGAUGGAUGGUAUGGCAUGGGGUGGGUGAGGUGAUGGAAUUGGUUAAGUUAACAAAUUGGCAGGACAAUUAUGUAAUACAGCUUAUUAUUAAAAAAACUAUUCUUUGUGCUAAGAAUGUAAAUUCACUAGAUUUGAAUGAAAAUGUGGAAAAGCUGUCAGGCAUUGAUUCUGUAGAUUAAGGUGAUGAUAACAGUCUACAUUCUCCAGUGUUUCGCACACUCCAAUUCCAAUGGGCAUGCUGCCGCACAAACUUAGACUCAAGGAAUCAGCAGUUAUAAUGCUGCAAUUAAGCUUGAAUCCUAAACAAGGACUUUGUAAACCUGCCUUUUCAACUCAAGUAAAAAUAGUUCCCAAUUAGACUGUCAUAUUCUAUAACUAUAAACAAGUCACAGGGCCAUACUCCUGAUAAAAUUUGUAUUUAUGUUCCUAGGCCUGUUUUUACACAUGGGCAUCUUUAUGUAGCUUUUUCCAGAGUGAGGAUUUUUGAUUUCUGUUAAAGUCUUUGGGAGGAGUAACUAGAAAUCCCAUAUUUAAAGAAGCACUGUUGCAAUAAAGAUUCUAAUUUGGCCGCAAAUGUUUUGCGGGUCUCUGCUAGUUUGCAAUAAUGAUUAAGUAGAAGCUCGCUUAAUGUACAAGUUUAUUCAGUGCUUUCAAUUUGGUUACAAUUCAAUUAUUGAGUCACUGAGGUACAAAGUUACAUCGACUGUGGUAGAUUUUGUUGUUCAACAUGAUUUAUGAAGUCACAUUUCAGCUGAAAUUGCUUAAGACAGCUGUGUUCUAACCAAAAUUUAAAGAUGCCAUCAUCCAUUAGAAAGGACAAAUCUGGAACUGGUUUGUUAGCAUCUUGUCUAUACUGCAUUUAUUGCAUUAGCCUGCGGGAAAAAAUCAUUAAACCCUUGGAAAUA